CCAUUCAUAAUUGCAUUUGUUCCUGACGCAAGAGAAACCAACACCUGCCUGCGUGCUCACGCGCAGGCGUAAAAAAAAAGUUCGGCGGCGCUAGCUCGCUCACCGCCGCUAGUCACCUUUUAACAGCACAGAGGGAAGUAACAUUUUUUGGGGUUUUAAAGGGAAAACUGGAGACGGAGUCGAAGAGUUGGAUGGACACCCCGUACAUAGGGCCGGGGUGACACGUAACUACCUACCGCAGUUGUAAGAGACUCAAAAUGACGGUAAAUGAUCCCGAGUGCGUGGAAGUUUGUGUUUACUGGUGUUGUGGUAGCUAGCUGGCUGGCCCUGUUAGCCUGUUAGCGAGAAAGGUGCGCGUUGUUUGGACUGGCGAGGAGCAGCGUGUAAACCUAACACAACUUAACUGGCAAGUUGGGCAACGGCCACAUUGUUGGGCAUAUCCCAACAUUUAGGAAGAGCUGCGUGGCGGUCGUGGCUGGCUGCUGGUUUUGCAAUCUCGUAACUAACGCUGGUGCGGGCCACGAGAUUUGAACCUUGCGGGGUCGUCUCAGACUCGAACUGUGUUCAACCCUUGGAAGUGAGACCUCAAACCACGAUCUCGAGUGUGUAGAUGCCACGGAUGAGAUAUCAGGCGUGCACCGCUGUACCUGCGACCGGACCACCUCGUCGGACCUAGUUCGUCAUCUUCGUCCGCGAUGGCCCCCCUGCCCAGCUAGUGAGACCCGUGGAGACCAUCUGCAGCCCGCUAACUAUGGGAGGAUGUGUGGGGAGAUACUGGGAAGGCUGGGACGACAACCAGAGCCGCGGCUCAUCCAGGAACGGUGGGCGAGGAGGACGCAACGAGCCUCUGAAAAAAGACCGCCCCAAGUGGAAGAGUGACUAUCCCAUGACGGAGGGCCAGCUGCGGAGCAAAAGGGACGAGUUCUGGGACACGGCGCCGGCCUUCGAGGGCCGGAAGGAGAUCUGGGACGCCCUGAAAGCCGCCGCCGUGGCCCUGGAGUGUAACGACCACGAGCUGGCCCAGGCUAUAGUGGACGGAGCGAGCAUCACACUGCCACACGGAACUCUGACCGAGUGUUACGACGAACUCGGGAACCGCUACCAGCUGCCCGUCUACUGCCUGGCUCCGCCCGUCAACCUCAUCUCAGAGCGGAGCGAUGAGGACCCCAGCGACAGCCCCGAACCCCCAGCUGCACCCAAGAAGGAAUUCCAGCUCAAGGUGCGACUGUCUACAGGGAAGGACCUGCGGCUCAGCGCCAGCAUGGUGGACACAAUCGGGCAGCUGAAGAAGCAGCUGCAGGCCCAGGAGGACAUCGACGCCAACCACCAGCGCUGGUUCUUCUCCGGAAAGCUGCUCACAGACAAGACGCGGCUGCAAGACACUAAGAUCCAGAAGGAUUUCGUGAUCCAGGUCAUCGUCAACCCGCAGGCCCUCCGGGACCCCAAGGCGUCGCCGAACACCACCGCCUCCUCGCCCACGACGUCCGAAUAACAGAGGAGACGGAUGGCGACGCAGUGCAGUGCAGUGCCCUCUCAAAGCUGGAGUGUUUCAAACAACAGCUACUGUUACUGAAAGAUCCGUGGAGGUACAAAACUACUUCUUAACUACUUCUUUGGAGCAAAAAAAAAAAAAAAAAAGAAACCCCAGAGGGAGAAACUCUAAAGUGCUGCUUUCUUUCAUGUUCGGUGUGUUUUUCUGCUGUCCCAGUCACCACACUUACCCAGGACGUCCUCGUCCUCUUUGAACCUCCAAGUAAAGCUCAUCCCGCGGCCUCAUCGGCCACGUGCAGAGUGUGCACGCGACGGCCGCUCACGCAGACUCAGUCCUUUUGCCUGCACUCAUGCUAACGUAAGUGCCAACGGAGGAAACGCAGAGGUGUUGGUUCUAAAGCACAUUUUUACUAGGACACAUACGGACUCUGCAGUAACAGGAAAAAACACAAAGGCAGAGCGCCCGAUGCUGAACUUUUUCCUUUUUUUUCCCCUUCUUUCUUUUAUUGAGGAAAUAAUGUAAACUCAGCUUUUUUGCACAUAAAUAUAAUGACUAUACUUUUGUGGUAGUUUGUGUGCCUUCUACAAGACAAAAAAAAAAAAGGGGGUCAACGUCUGGUAUAUGUUGCUAGCGUCACCGCCAGGCUAAGCCUUCACCCUUAGAUCAAUCUAAGUUACAACUGCUGCCUUUUUUUUUUAACCUAUGACACGUGAGCAAAAAUAAUAUCGGUUGGCAACAUUGCAGUAGCUCGCAGAGACGCGUCAUAGUUUAAAUCAGUCACGCCUCAGUCUAGCGAAAGAGAAAUUCCCAUUAAUAGUAUUAACAGCUGCAUGACUGACCGCCGCCAGGAGGGGGCAGCACAGCCCUCACAUAAUCCCUUCUGUUACUUUUCACAGCCUGAUGAAUGUAUUCGCUCUCCUCUUAUUCUUGAUGUCCUCCCGUACCUUCUGAAGAAACGUCAAAGUCGUGUUUUCUUCACCAGCAUAAAGAUGCUCGACGUGGAGCGGCGAGACGAAACGACGGCCGCCGAAGGCCGUGGGUUCAGGUGUCGAUUUCUCAGAGGACUCGUUGCCGAAGGAGUGUUUUUAUUUCGCUUUGAUCUCGAAGGCGUUCCGCACGCGUGCUCAUGAUCGUCAAAUCAAUGUGACGUGUGAGCGGAGGCCUUUAUCAGGGACAAUCGAGCAACAGGAGCUGAAUAGGAUCAUUGUGGGGAAUGUAGGAGAUUUCGGAGCUUGACACUCGUUCUCUCAUUCAGUCGUUUAAAUUUAAAGCAUUAUUUUAAGUGUAUCUCUCAUUAGUCCCCUCGCUUCAUGAAAGUGAAGCAUUAAAGCUCUGGAGUCCCUUUAAUGAGACUUGAUUGACAAGCCAUGUUGGAAACGCUACAAUCACCAUUUUUUUCUUUUUCUUCAGCUGCGUAAAUAUGAAUAAGUGUCCUUGUGUCUAAUGAAAUGCGUUCGAGGCAGCAUGGGUAUUGUCGUUCUGAAAACGGCGUGCUGUGGCACCGCUCCUCACACCUUUCUCCAGCAGCGACCAUCGCGGAGGGAUUCAAACUGAACCGAGCCACAGCUCGCCGCGUCCAGACGACGCUUUUUUCCUAGCCCGUUUCGGCCUUUAGACUCAUUAAGUUGCACGUUUUCGUUUCGUUGUUCCCAGGAUUUUCCUCCCUUUACCAGUGGUUCUUAAAGGGAUGUUUCGUAAUCCUCGUAUGCAAACUUGAAUGAGCGUUUCUCUCUAUGUGCAAUACAAUAGACAUAGACCUCACGUUGUUUUUCCUUUCUGCAGAUUUCAUAUCGCACCAGCCCCCCGAGUGUCGUUUAGAGCCCAGGUACAAGCCUGCUAUAAUCUGUGUCAGAUAAUCAGCUGCCUCUGUAAAGGGUUUUUAAAUGUUUUUGGGCCUUCAUGGACGCUCACCUUUUACACAAAUAUCUAAAUAUUAAAAAUGGACUUUUUUUUCCCCCUCUGGUGUUCAUUUAGCGUUGUGGCCUGAUUCAAGUGUAGCUGAGCCUCGGGGAGGGAAACGCUGACAGCUUUAUCUUUAUCUGUAAAGGUUCAUUCAUCCAGGUCAACAUAUGUCCACAAAAACACUAAAUACACGUUCUUCAGCAUUUUUGGAUAAACUUUAUCUACAGCAUCCCCUCUGAAGUGUUGUGCUCAUCCUCAGCUUGUCAUUUGUUUUCUUCUUGAACAGUCCAUCUGUACAGACUGUUGUACCAUGUUAAAGGGAUAGAUUCUUAUUACAGCGGAAAGAGGCUUCCAGAGCUUUAACGUGUCUGAGAAUUACAAGACGAGUCCUCGUGUGGUGCUGAGGCAUCUGGCAUCUAAAAAAAAAAAAAAUCAACUUCCUACAUGUUGUAAUUGCUCUUCUCCGUUCUCAGUGCAGGCCUCAGGCUUUACCUUGUCUCGUGUAAUGUUAAACUGAGUCUGUAACUCCACUGCGUCCUGAGCCACUUCACCUCCAACAGGAUUUGUAGUCCCGCCGACUCUGCACGUUCGCAAGAGGACGGGGACUAAAAAUGUUCAUGCUUAGUUAAAAAAAAAAACGCACUGAGUGCAAAUGAGAAGCACAUUUGAGAGAAGCUUCACUCGAAUUCGCACGUUGGGUCGUUUCUCAGCGGGAGCACCUGAAGGCAUCGCCUUUGUCUCCAUUUUGCUGAGCGACUCAAAUAGACACUGAAAUCAUUUAUUAAGGCCCAUUUCUAUACAAUCUAAACGCAAUUUAAGGCUGGACUCAGACAAAAUGCAAGUUGACGGCGCACACACGGAACUGAGCUGCAUAUGAAGUGGUUUAUUAUUAAGCUGUUUGUAAAAGCCUCACCGGGCCGGACGUAUUUAUUUUACUGCACAUAACACUCCAUACCAGACUAUCCCUAAAGGCAAAGCUUUCGCACCUGAGCGGCCAUAUCUAAAGCGCUCGAAGAAAAGGAAUCUCGGACAUGUUUUUCAAAUGUCCACCGAGGUCUGUGUUUAAAUAAGAGUCAUAUUUAGUUAAAUAGAGAAAUUAAGAAAUGUACGGACAUGUCUCAGUGAACGACGCCUAGAAACUAUUUUACACUUGGUUAGUUCAUUUAUAUGCUGAUUUCAUUUUAAAAUGCUGUUUUUAAACUGUUGAAUAAAAUCAAACUCUUGUUUAAAAAAAAAAAA